UUCUUCCUUACUGUCCCCUUCUUCUCCCAGACAGACCCUGCCCUUUCCUCUUAGUCUCCCGGUCUGUGUGGAUUCUGUCGUGGAAGAUAGAGACACUGACAAUGGGAAGCUUUCUCUACAGCCUGCAAUGCUGACACUCCACUCCCUUUUACUGGGAAUUCAUGUUAAGCGGCUCCUGUCCUGUGUUGAAUGUCCGUCACUAUGGCCAAGCGUGAGACCGGCAGCACCAGCCCCGUGGUCCGGCAGAUAGACAAGCAGUUCCUGGUCUGCAGCAUCUGUCUGGACCAUUAUCACAAUCCUAAGGUCCUGCCCUGUCUGCACACCUUCUGUGAGAAAUGUCUACAGAACUACAUCCCUCCUCAGUCUCUGACGCUGUCCUGCCCAGUUUGCAGACAGACUUCUAUUUUGCCAGAAAAGGGUGUGGCUGCCCUUCAGAACAACUUCUUCAUCACAAACCUGAUGGAGGUGUUACAGCGAGACCCGGAGUGUAGUCGACCUGAAGCGUGCAAUGUUCUGGAGUCAGCAGGUGCAGCUAUAGCCUGCCAGCCCCUGUCCUGCCCCAACCAUGAGGGAAAGGUGAUGGAGUUUUACUGCGAGUCAUGUGAAACAGCCAUGUGUCUAGAGUGCACAGAAGGAGAACACAGAGAACAUGUGACAGUUCCUCUGAGAGACGUACUGGAACAACAUAAAUCAGCGCUGAAAAAUCAGCUGGACACUGUACGCAACAGACUACCUCAGCUGACAGCUGCCAUUGACCUUGUGAAUGAGAUCUCCAAGCAGCUAACAGAGAGGAAAAAUGACGCAGUGGCUGAAAUCAGUAACACUUUUGAUGAGUUGGAGAAAUCUUUACACCAACGCAAGACGGCUCUCAUAACUGAGGUGGAAAACAUCUGCAGUACGAAGCAGAAGGUACUUCAAGCCCAGCUGACUUCUUUGCUUCAAGGCAAAGAAAACAUUCAAAGCAGCUGCAACUUCACAGAACAGGCCCUGAGCCACGGCAGCGCCACCGAGGUCCUGCUGGUCCAGAAGCAGAUGGGUGAGCGGGUCAGUGCCCUGGCGAGACACAGCUUCCCUGAGAACCCACAUGAAAACGGACAUCUCGAAUGUCUGGUCGAGACGGACGGCCUUCGGCGCUCCAUCCAGAACCUGGGAGUUCUGAUCACAACGGGGGCUGUGGGACAUACCAGCGUUGCCACCGGCGAAGGCCUGCGCCACGCCCUGGUGGGCCAACACACCACGGUCACAGUCACCACUAAAGAUAAGGACGGAGAGCUGGUGAAGACUGGUAACGCUGUUCUGAGGGCAGAGAUCCUUUCUGCGGACGGCGCCUGCACCAAUGCCGAGGUGGUGGACAACAAGAACGGCACCUACGAGGUUGGAUACACCAUCCGCUCAGAGGGAGAGUUUACGUUCUCGCUGCUGUUGUACGAACAGCCGGUGAGGGGGAGUCCCUUUCGCUUGCGAGCUGUCAAGCCUUCAGACGUCCUCCAGUCACCAGAUGAUGUGAAAAGAAGAGUAAAGUCUCCGAGCGGAGGAGGGGGUCACGUUCGGCAGAAAGCUGUACGCAGGCCCUCCAGUAUGUACAGCACCACCAAGAAAAAGGAGAACCCCAUAGAGGACGAACUGAUCUACAGAGUGGGAACAAGAGGACGAGAUAAAGGAGAAUUCACAAACCUACAAGGCAUUUCAACCUCUAGUAAUGGAAGGAUUGUGGUGGCAGACAGCAACAACCAGUGUAUACAGAUAUUCUCCAAUGACGGCCAGUUUAAGAUGCGUUUUGGGGUCAGAGGUCGUUCACCGGGGCAGCUGCAGCGCCCCACAGGGGUCACGGUGGACAUGAAUGGUGACAUUAUCGUGGCUGACUAUGACAACAGAUGGAUUAGUAUUUUCUCCUCUGACGGCAAAUUCAAGAACAAAAUUGGUGCUGGGAGACUGAUGGGACCUAAAGGUGUAGCUGUGGAUAAGAAUGGACACAUCAUCACCGUGGAUAACAAAGCCUGCUGCGUUUUUAUUUUCCAAUCAAAUGGAAAACUGGUGACAAAGUUUGGAGCCAGAGGGACGUCAGACAGACACUUUGCAGAAAAAAGCGGUGCAAACAUUGCACUGGAACAAAAGCUUAGUAAAUCUGGCCCUGUUUUCAGUCCUCAUUUUGUGGCCGUGAAUAACAAAAAUGAAAUUGUGGUAACAGACUUCCACAACCAUUCAGUAAAGGUGUACAAUGCAGACGGGGAGUUCCUGUUUAAAUUCGGCUCUCACGGAGAGGGGAAUGGACAGUUCAACGCUCCAACAGGCGUGGCUGUGGAUGCCAAUGGAAAUAUCAUUGUCGCUGAUUGGGGCAACAGUCGCAUCCAGGUGUUCGACAGUUCAGGGUCCUUCCUAUCCUAUAUCAACACAUCAGCGGACCCCCUUUACGGACCCCAGGGCCUGGCUCUCACAUCUGAUGGUCACGUAGCAGUGGCAGACUCCGGGAACCACUGUUUUAAGGUCUACCGCUACCUGCAGUAGAGCUGUGACGGCCUCCUUUAUCCCUGCAAGCACUGACAACGACACAACCAAUGUAUUCCAUGGGGUGCAAUGACCUUUUCAGAACAGCCUUUUGACAUGCACAUCAGUUUAUCUCUAAUAAUUAACUAUCUGAACCUGAGUUUACUCUUCUUAUGGUGUUUAUUGAGGGCUGUUUUUAAAGUUGGGUGAUGUAGCGUCCAAUGGGAUAAGUAACGGACAUAAAGCUAUGGACUGGUGUAAAAGCGUUUUUGUGUGUUUUACGCUGUUGAUGGUAUUGAACCACAUUUUCUGUGAGAACAGAGUUGGUAGGAGAUAAGUUGAAGUAUUUAAUGAGCCAUAAUCUGUCCAAAUGCAUGAAGUUUUACUUUAACUCAAUGCCUAAACAAUAACAGUGUACCCAUUAGCUGCUUUUCUUAUGAACUAGUUAAUGCUUACAGUGAAAAUUACAGUGCUAGACUCCAGCAAUGAAAUGUAAAAUUUCUUAUAAACUGACAUCUCACAUAAAAAUGUCAUCACCAUUUGUGCAUUGAUUUGCUGUAUGUAAUGUAUAUACAUAAAUGUAUAUUGUGUAUAUUAGAUCACUCCGUAUGUAUGUGCUAUAACACACAGCCAUUCGGCUUUUUGGAGGGCAGCAGUCAAAGAUUACAGGAUUUUAAUGUGUGUGUGUAUGGCAGCUGUUAUGAAGUGUGCUUUUGAAACAAACCCAGCACAUGCUUAAACAAAGAAGUGUCAUAUUUAUUUCUUAUGUAAGCAGCACAAUAACCAUUUUUGUUUUAUAUCUGUUGUUUUAAAAGGGACAAAAAAAAAAAAAAGCUAAUUUAUUUUAUUUUAUACACUAGCUCAGCAUUUACAAAUUAUUUUUCUAAAUUUAAUUUAAAUUGUUUUUUUUUUUUCUUAAAGCGUUACACUGUAUAUUUUCCCUUAAAAGGAAAAUGUCACUUUAAAACAGAAUUCGUAUCCCCCCAAAAUUUAUAUCAUUGUUUGUGCACAGUGUUUUAAGUCUUUUCCAAAGCUACAAAUCCAUUUUUAAUUUUAUUUCAAUGCGAUCAAAAACCAAAAAAACAUGGUUUUGGGGCAUGAUUGUUUCGAACGUUAUGGCCUUAUAGAAUACUUGUUUGGCCUUUAACAAUUAAAGAGCUUUAUUACAUUCAAGUGCUAACACACAGCAGAGGAUAUACACAUAUCUCAGGAAAUCCAUCCAAAUAGAUCAGUAUGUCGACUGAACAACUGCUAAAAUUGUUCUUUUUUUUCCUCAUUAUUGGAUUUCGGAGCUUUGUAUAAAAAUUAUUACUUUGUGCAAACAGUCUGGAUCCAACAUCAUCCAAAUUAUGGGUUAGAAUAUGAAUUCUGUUUAUUUGUUACAGAUUUUUUUCUUCUUCAUUCAAACAGAAAACAGUUAGAGAGUAUUAAUUUCUAACUGACUGAAUGACAUUUGCCAGCAAACACAUUCAUGCUUUAGAAUACACUUGCAUAUAAUAGCCUGUUCAUGCUGUUAGAUCAGACUUUUCUGCCUGCACUUCAUCCACCAUCACCCCCUCCCUGUAGCAGUAGAGCUGAUGCUGCUCUCACGCCCCCUGGUGUUCAUUCUAUGUCAUAUCAUAAGAAAACCUGCACAGCAGAAGAAUGACCAGGUGCAGGAAGAAGCCAGCUUCCUGGUCUGUCAUAAUUACCCAGAAUACUGUUCUACACACCGAACCGGGAACAUUCACACUUCCCACACGUGCAGAGGUUGUUUAAGCUCCAGGAAAUAUGACCUAAUUUAUCAAUUCCAAUCCACCAGGAAGCUGUUGUUUUCAUGGACCUGGUCUUUUGGUUGACUUGUUGCCAAAUGGGAGCCUGACAUCUGAUCUGAGUCAGAGGCUUACCUUUAUGAGAUAUGUCUAAAGCAUUUUAACCUACACUGUUUGUGUCACACCAAUACAAACAAAUGUGUUUUCUUUAUGAAUAUGCACUGGUAAUAAAAGCACAUGGUUUACUCA